AUGACGCAGAGGCUCUUAGAAGACUGGUGCCGGGGGAUGGACAUGAACCCGCGGAAAGCUCUGUUGAUUGCCGGCAUCCCCGUGUCCUGUAACGAGGCGGAAAUCCAGGAGGCUCUGCAGGCGGGGUUAGCGUCCCUGGGACAGUACCGACUGCUGGGGAGGAUGUUCAGAAGGGACGAGAACAAGAUUGUGGCCCUGAUAGGACUUAGUGAAGAGACUAGCCUGGCUGUGGUCCCUAAGGAGAUACCGGGGAGAGGGGGAGCCUGGCGAGUGAUCUUUAAGCCCCCUGACCCAGAUAAUGAAUUUUUAAACAGAUUAAAUGAAUUCUUGGAAGGAGAGGGCCUGACAGUGGCGGAGUUUACCAGCGCCCUUGGGUAUGGGAACGACCCUUUUGACCUAGACCAGAGCUUAGUCCCACAAGUGGGGGCCCCUAUGUUGGCUGAGGCGUUAGACGAGGCCCUUCAGCCUGCCCUGCAAUACCUGAGAUACAGGAAGCUGAGAAUCUUCUCUGGCAGUGACCCGCCAGAGCCGGGAGAAGAAGGAUUUGAUUCCUGGCUGUUUCACACCACCCAAAUGAUGAAGACAUGGCAGGUGGCAGAUGCAGAAAAACGAAGGCGAUUGCUCGAAUGCCUUCGAGGACCGGCACUUGAUGUCAUUCGGGUCCUCAAGAUAAACAAUCCUUUAAUUACGGUCCCCGAAUGCCUGCAAGCACUUGAGCAGGUAUUUGGGGUUAUCGAUAAUCCAAGGGAGUUGCAGGUCAAAUUUCUAACCACUUACCAGAAGGCUGAGGAAAAGUUGUCUGCUUACGUGCUAAGGCUGGAGCCUUUAUUACAGAAACUGGUAGAGAGGGGGGCAAUUGAGAAAGAAGUUGUGAAUCAGGCUCGCCUAGACCAAAUCCUUGCUGGGGCGGAGGACAGAACACUGCGGAGGAAGCUUGAUCUGCCAGAGGCCGGCCCAGCACCUGGCUUACUGCAGUUACUGACACUGAUAAAGGAAGAAGAGGCAGCCGAGGAUGAGGAGGACGCCCUUCUGCAGGCAGGAUUAGAGGGAAAUUUCACCUGA